CCUUUCUGUCACUCACACACAUUUUGCAAACGUUUCUUUCAAUAAAAUAUAGCAUGCUAUUUGUUUCUUCCACUAAUCAAUGCUCAUAAUGAAAAGUUGAAAACUCCACUUAGAUGAAAAUUUUCAUUUCAUAGCAUAUCAAAGUUCUAGAACUUACAUGCUAUUAAAUGUUUUAUUUUGAAGUCCAAUUCAUUAAUUAUUCACCCUAAAUACACACUUUCCACCAAAAUACAUAAGCUGUGAAAAUGGAUGGUGGAUUUGUAUAGGAUGUUAUGCUUCAAAAGAUUCUUCAUAAGCCAAAAGAAUGGGGUGCACUUACUCUGUGUAUAGGAAGAAGAAAUCAACCAUUCAUGAAGUGGUGGUUUUAACUCCAUCAAUAAGAAUUCCAGUGCAAUCUGAUCUUCAAAGAGUGCUUAAAGGAUUUAUUCCAAGUGAUCUUGCUGAUAAAUUGUCUUCUCUUAGAAACCAGAUUUUGUUGGUAGCACAAGAUACUGAUGGAUCAGCUAUAGCUGAAUUACGGCGAGCUUUGAAUGAAUACUUGUCUGUUCUCAUUGGACUUACUAAGAAAGAGUAUGGUCUUGAGGGAUUAAUAGAAUUCAAGUGGAAGAAUCUUGAAGAUGGAAGACAAGAUAGUUGCAUACCAAAUGUGUGGUUUGAGGUGUUAUCUUCUGUUCACUUUAUGGCUAUGUUGACACUAUCUGAGGCUGAUUCUUUGAUGAUUCCAAAGGACCACUCAGGCUCUGGAUUCAGGACUGUAUCUUCAGAUAACAAGAGGGAAGCAAUUGAUUUGUUACUCAAAGCAUCAGGAUACCUGGAAUUCUGUGUUAGGCAAAUUCUUACUCAGAUACCAGCUGAAACCAAGAAAAUUUUGCCACAUGACUUGCAGGAGGGUGUAUUGGAGGCUAUAGCUAUUCAAGCAUUAGGCCAGGGAACUGAGAUUCAGCUUGGUCUUGCUGUGGAGAGUCAGAAGGCAACUUUGUCUGUGAAGAGGAGAUUGGCAUGUGAACAGCUGAUUUACUUCAGCCAGGCUUAUCACUGCUUAUCAGGAUGUGACUUCAACCAAGGGCAUGGAAAGAAGCAUCUCAGGUUCAUUAAAUGGAAGUUCCUUGAAGCCAAGGCUGCAGCUUACUACUACCAUGGUCUGAUCCUCGACAAGGGUAGCGAACCGAGCGGUCACAUUGUCGCAGUGUCUUGUUUUCUUGCUGCAGAAGAACUUCUGGCAGAAAGCAAGAAGGCCUGCUUGAGCUUUAGUCUUGCAGCUCCAGUGACCAGGGCUCCUCCACUCUGGGGUGUUAUGAAACUUCUAAGUCAGAAAAUUCCCGAAGUUGCAUCAAGGAAGUACCAAAUGCAUGGAUACCUUUUGGAGCAAGAAAAGGGUCUCGAAGCGUUGCCAGACCUACCUGAGUUUCAAUUAUCAUUAUGUCCAGAUGACUAUGAACUGCCUGAAAUUGAUCCAGCUUGGGAUAGUAAAAACUGGGAAAGUUUAGGACAACCAUUGAAAGAGCAUCUUAGAGAUAGUGAUGAUGAGAAUUCAACUGAUAGAUGCACUUAAUAUGGUUUUUUUUUUUCCUUCUUUGUGUAGUUUCAUACUCUAUUUGAAAUGGAAAUAUUAAACAAAAAUGAAUUUAAAAAAGUGUAUGUAUUUGGUUUUAAUACACUAUUUUAAAUCCAUUUUUAGUUAUUUCAUUGUGAAGGGAGUAUCUCCUUGAUUAUAAGACUCUUAUACAAGCAAUUAUUACCAUAGAAUUAAUGUGGUCA